GCUGUGCGUGGUCAUGUUUCUGUUUGGUUUUGUGCACAGUGUGCAUAUUUCUUGUGUUGAACUAGAAUUACUGUCCAAUAACUGUGCGUUUCUCUAAGGUUUUGACUUCUUCCUUCAAUUUCUGUGAUAUUUAACCUUUCGAUAGACCCUGGACGAACAAUCAAACCAAAAUGUCUACCUCUCUAGUUGAAAGUGAUAAGAAAAUGGAUUUAAAAAUUCCACAUGAAAUUCAAGAUCGCGUAAAAAACUUUCACGAGUCUAUCAUCAACAUAGAGACGAUUAUGAAACCCAUGCUUUCAAAACCACACAACGAUUUGCAUGAAAAGCUUCUUCCCAUAGAGAAGGCCAAGAUGGAUCUUAUGGUGGCAUACACAGUGAACUCAAUGUUUUGGAUGUUUUUAAAUGCUAGUGGAGAAAACACAAAGGAGCAUCCCGUUAAACAAGAAUUAGAACGCCUGCGUGGGUACAUGCACAAAGUGAAGCAGAUAGUGGAUAAGGAAAAGGCCGCUAGACUGGACAAGGAUGCGGCAAAGCGGUUUGUUAAGCAUGCUCUUUGGGAGCCAAAGCCAGCAGCACCAGUGGAUACAAGCAUAAAUCCACCGAUAUCAGGUAAUGGUAGGAAUACAUCUCAGGCAAAGAGAAGUUUGGCAGAUAAUAUGCAACAAUCAAGCAAGAAACAACGACAAGAUGACAGCAUGAAAACGAGUUAACGCUCAUUAAACACAUUACUUAAAGCAAAUUACACUUCUUUUCGUUCGUGAAAAAUUGUGCAAUUUAUUUUGUAAAUAAAUAAGCUUUUAUACGUUGUCAUCAAAAGUACACGUGAACGUAUUCAUUAA